AUGAUGAAUGCUGCAGUAGCUCGCAACGUCGUUGGGAUCAUAGGCAAUGUCAUCUCCUUCUUUUUGUUCUUCUCCCCAGCUCCAACCUUCUAUAAAAUUAUAAAGAAUAGAUCAGUGGAGGAGUUCAAGCCUGAUCCCUACAUAGCUACGUUGUUGAACUGUGCGUUUUGGGUGUUCUAUGGAAUGCCUUUUGUGCAUCCUCACAGCAUUUUAGUGGUCACCAUCAAUGCCAUUGGGCUUGUGAUUGAGUUCGUAUAUAUUGCCAUUUAUUUUACCUAUGCUACCAAAAAUGGACGGAUAAAAGUGAUGAUUUCUCUUUCGGUCGAGGUUAUUUUCUUUGCUGCAGUCGUUCUUGUAACAAUGCGGGCACUGCAUAGCAUUCCCCAAAGGUCGUUAGUCAUUGGUAUUAUCUGUGAUGUCUUCAAUGUCAUGAUGUAUGUCUCUCCUCUUACAAUAAUGGCAAAGGUUAUAAAAACAAAGAGUGUGAGGUAUAUGCCAUUCUGGCUCUCUCUGACUAACUUCCUCAAUGGUGUGUGCUGGACAACAUAUGCUCUCAUCCACCCCUUUGACCUUUUUGUUCUGAUUAGCAAUGGUAUUGGAUCAAUCUCUGGACUUGUUCAGCUCAUAUUAUAUGCUUGCUACUGCUGUAGGGAACAAAAUGAUGAUGAUAAUGAUGAUGGUGAUCAUGUUCCACAGUCAACAAGGGUUCCAGUCUCAGAAAGGACCCCUCAAGCCCAAGCUUAA